AUGCCUAAACAACUCUGUUCUCAGUUCUCAAGAGGAGUUUAUGCUAUUUUUGGAUUUUAUGACAAAAAGUCUGUGAACACAAUAACGUCGUUCUGCGGGACUCUUCACGUCUCUUUCAUCACACCAAGCUUUCCCUUGGAUGGAAAUCAGCAGUUUAUCAUUCAGAUGCGACCAGACAUCAAAGGACCUCUCCUGAGUCUCAUUGAGUACUACAAAUGGGACAAGUUUGCCUACCUGUACGACAGUGACCGAGGACUUACUACACUCCAAGUUGUGCUGGACACAGCAGCAGAGAAGAAAUGGCAGGUGACCGCCAUCAACGUGGGCAACAUGAAGGAUGAGAAAAAGGAUGAAGCAUAUCGCUCACUCUUCCAGGACCUAGAAAACAAGAAGGAGCGGAGAGUCAUCCUUGACUGUGAACAGGACAAAGUUAAAGAUAUCAUGGAACAGGUCAUAACUAUUGGCAGGCAUGUGAAAGGAUAUCACUACAUCAUAGCGAACCUGGGUUUUGUGGAUGGAGAUCUUUCAAAAAUCCAAUACGGUGGAGCCAAUGUGUCAGGCUUUCAGAUUGUGGAUUUCGAUGACCCCCUGGUAUCUAAAUUUGACCAGCGCUGGGAAGCCCUGGAGGAAAAAGAAUAUCCUGGAGCUGACAGCAAGAUACGGUACACUUCAGCACUGACGUAUGACGCAGUUCAGGUGAUGACUGAGGCCUUCCGUUACCUGCACAAACAGCGAAUUGACAUAUCCCGCAGAGCUAACACUGGGGACUGUCUGGCCAAUCCUGCUGUACCAUGGGCACAAGGGGUGGAGAUUGAGCGUGCUCUAAAACAGGUGAGAGUUGACGGUCUCACUGGUAACAUUCAGUUUGACCAGUAUGGAAAGAGGGUAAAUUACACCGUCAAUGUCAUGGAACUGAAAAGCAAUGGACCAGUUAAGAUUGGCUAUUGGAAUGAAGUUGAUAAAAUGGUUGUGACAAAGUCUGAUCUCUUCCCAAAUGAUACAAUGGGGCUGGAAAACAAGACUGUGAUUGUCACCACUAUUCUAGAAGCGCCGUAUGUAAUGCUAAAGAAGAAUGCUGACCUUUUUGUGGAUAAUGAAAGAUAUGAGGGGUACUGUGUGGACUUGGCAGCCGAAAUAGCAAAACACUGUGGAUUUAAAUAUCAGCUGAAAAUAGUUGGAGAUGGCAAAUAUGGAGCCAGAGAUGCAGAGACGAAGAUCUGGAAUGGAAUGGUUGGAGAAUUGGUUUAUGGGAAAGCUGACAUAGCAGUGGCUCCACUGACUAUCACUUUAGUCAGAGAAGAAGUCAUUGACUUCUCAAAGCCAUUCAUGAGUUUGGGCAUCUCCAUCAUGAUCAAGAAGCCUCAGAAAUCCAAGCCUGGGGUUUUCUCAUUCCUGGACCCUCUGGCCUAUGAGAUCUGGAUGUGUAUCGUGUUUGCCUACAUCGGUGUAAGCGUGGUGCUUUUCCUGGUCAGUCGUUUCAGUCCAUACGAGUGGCACACAGAGGAAUAUGAGGAUGGCCAGAUACAAACCAAUGAGUCAACCAACGAGUUUGGGAUUUUCAAUAGCCUUUGGUUCUCUCUUGGAGCCUUCAUGAGACAAGGCUGUGAUAUUUCACCAAGGUCUCUUUCUGGCCGCAUAGUUGGAGGAGUCUGGUGGUUUUUCACCCUGAUCAUAAUUUCAUCCUACACGGCUAACUUGGCUGCCUUCCUAACAGUGGAGAGGAUGGUGUCUCCAAUUGAGAGUGCAGAGGACUUAGCAAAGCAAACAGAGAUUGCUUAUGGAACUUUAGACUCUGGUUCAACAAAAGAGUUUUUCAGACGUUCCAAAAUCGCUCUUUUUGACAAAAUGUGGACGUAUAUGAAAAGUGCAGAGCCCUCUGUAUUUGUGAAGACGACAGCAGAAGGUGUAAUGCGGGUGAGGAAGUCCAAGGGGAAGUAUGCAUACCUCCUGGAGUCCACCAUGAAUGAGUACAUCGAGCAGCGCAAACCUUGUGACACUAUGAAGGUCGGAGGAAACCUGGACUCCAAAGGCUACGGCAUCGCCACCCCCAAAGGAUCCUCAUUAAGAACGCCAGUAAACCUUGCAGUAUUGAAACUCAGUGAGCAAGGCACCUUAGACAAGCUGAAAAACAAAUGGUGGUACGAUAAAGGUGAAUGUGGAUCCAAGGACUCUGGAAGUAAGGAGAAGACCAGUGCUCUUAGCCUGAGCAAUGUGGCUGGAGUCUUCUACAUCCUGGUGGGCGGCCUGGGCCUGGCCAUGCUGGUGGCCUUGGUCGAGUUCUGUUACAAGUCCCGAGCCGAGGCCAAGCGCAUGAAGUGGCAAAGAAUGCACAGAAUAUUAAUCCCACUUCCUCGCAGAAUUCACAGAAUUUUGCCACUUAUAAGGAAGGGUACAACGUAUAUGGGAUCGAAAGUGUAA